UCCUGCUGCAGGUACAGUGCUAACAAAGGUAACUCCUAAACAGCAUGGGCUAAUCUUUCAUCAGCAUGGACCUGACCUUCCAUUUGAAAGAGAAUCUCCCCCCACAACACACAAACCUUGCAUUAUUUUUUGACAUAUUUUUAACCAUAGGACUUACAUGUUUUAUUAUGUAUCUUGUCUUCGACCCUCCCUUCGGUAAGGGAUUUUUUCUGAUUAGUUCUUUGCCAUAUCCCCAGCAACUAAAAUUGUGCUUAGCACACGGCAUUUGUUGAAUGAAUAAGUGAGAGAGGCAUCCACAGACCGACCAUCAGGGGACGACUGAGGAACUUAGUAGAGGCGGAAAUAGAACAUUUUAUCCCGAGCCUCAGGGGCGGUACCGCGAGGUUUGAACUCGCUCGGCCACCAUAGUGCUUAGACCGGAAAUGAUCGAACGCUUCCGGCCUCGGUGGUCCGGGAGGAAGGUUUAGGGCUGUCAGAAACCAAACCUCAAGGUCCUAAGGCAGGUCCUUUGCGGAGCUGAGACUCCAGCCUAGGACUCCAGGUCUCCGGGCCUCCGACGGGACGGCCGCCAGCGUGGCUGCUCGAGAGAAUUCAGGGCCAGGAACGGGGCAGCGUGGGUCACCAUGGCGACGCCAGCUGGGCUGGAGCGCUGGGUGCAGGACGAGCUGCACUCGGUGUUGGGGUUGAGCGAACGGCAUGUAGCCCAAUUUCUGAUCGGUACCGCGCAGCGCUGUGCCUCGGCCGAGGAGUUCGUGCAGCGCCUCCGAGACACCGAUACUCUGGACCUCAGCGGGCCGGCCCGGGACUUCGCCCUGAGACUCUGGAACAAGGUGCCACGGAAGGCAGUGGUAGAAAAGCCAGCUCGAGUGGCAGAGCGAGAGGCCCGAGCCCUGCUAGAGAAGAACCUAUCUUAUAAGUUGCUGGAAGACAGUGAGGAGAGCAGUGAGGAGACCGUAGGUAGAGCUGGGAGCAAUGUCCAGAAGAAGCGUAAAAAACGGAAACACCUCAGGAAGAAACGUCAGGAUGAAGAGGAAGAAGAGGAGCAAGAGGUUUCUGAGAAGGAGAAGAGAAAGACAGGAGGAAGUAAACAGCUGACUGAGAAGCCAGAGUCGGAGGAUGAGUGGGAGAGGACUGAGCGAGAGCGCCUUCAGGACCUGGAGGAACGUGAUGCCUUUGCUGAGAGGGUUCGACAGCGGGACAAGGAUCGGACUCGAAAUGUCCUGGAGCGGUCAGACAAGAAGGCUUAUGAAGAGGCUCAGAAGCGCCUCAAGAUGGCUGAGGAAGACCGGAAAGCCAUGGUCCCUGAGCUGCGGAAGAAAUCCCGCCGAGAGUACUUGGCUAAGAGGGAACGAGAGAAACUUGAGGAUCUGGAGGCUGAGCUGGCUGAUGAGGAGUUCCUUUUUGGGGAUGUGGAGCUGAGCCGACAUGAGCGGCGGGAGCUCAAAUACAAGCGGCGAGUGCGGGACUUGGCCCGAGAGUACCGGGCUGCUGGGGAGCAGGAGAAGCUGGAGGCCACCAAUCGUUACCAUAUGCCUGAGGAGACCCGAGGACAGCCAGCACGAGCUAUGGAUCUAGUGGAGGAGGAAUCAGGUGCCCCUGGGGAGGAGCAGCGGCGCUGGGAGGAGGCCCGGCUGGGGGCAGCGUCCCUGAAAUUUGGGGCCCGAGAUGCUGCCUCCCAGAAGCCCAAGUAUCAGCUGGUGCUGGAGGAAGAGGAGACCAUCGAGUUUGUCCGGGCCACUCAGCUCCAGGGUGACGAGGAGCCAUCAGGCCCACCACCUCCAACCCAGGCUCAGCAGAAAGAGUCCAUCCAGGCUGUCCGCCGCAGCCUCCCAGUGUUCCCAUUCCGUGAGGAGCUCCUGGCUGCUAUUGCUAAUCAUCAGGUCCUCAUCAUCGAGGGUGAGACAGGCUCCGGGAAGACCACCCAGAUCCCGCAGUAUCUCUUUGAGGAGGGUUACACAAAGAAGGGAAUGAAGAUUGCCUGCACCCAGCCCCGGAGAGUGGCAGCCAUGAGUGUGGCUGCCCGAGUGGCCCGGGAGAUGGGUGUGAAGCUUGGGAAUGAGGUUGGCUAUAGCAUCCGCUUUGAGGACUGCACGUCGGAGCGAACUGUCCUCCGCUACAUGACAGAUGGGAUGCUCCUCCGGGAGUUCCUCUCUGAACCUGACCUUGCAAGUUACAGCGUGGUGAUGGUAGAUGAGGCUCAUGAACGGACCCUACACACAGACAUUCUCUUUGGGUUGAUCAAGGAUGUUGCUCGCUUCCGGCCUGAGCUGAAGGUCUUGGUGGCUUCAGCCACACUGGACACUGCCCGUUUUUCCACCUUCUUUGAUGACGCCCCUGUCUUCCGAAUCCCUGGACGCAGGUUUCCAGUUGACAUCUUCUAUACCAAGGCUCCAGAGGCUGACUACCUGGAAGCUUGUGUGGUGUCUGUGCUGCAGAUCCAUGUGACCCAGCCUCCCGGGGAUAUCCUGGUGUUCCUGACAGGACAGGAGGAGAUUGAGGCCGCCUGUGAGAUGCUCCAGGAUCGCUGCCGCCGCCUGGGCUCCAAAAUCCGGGAGCUCUUGGUGUUACCCAUUUAUGCCAACCUGCCUUCUGACAUGCAAGCUCGAAUCUUCCAGCCCACACCCCCUGGGGCACGAAAGGUGGUUGUGGCAACAAACAUCGCUGAGACGUCACUCACCAUUGAGGGCAUCAUUUAUGUGCUGGAUCCAGGGUUCUGUAAGCAGAAGAGCUACAACCCUCGCACAGGCAUGGAAUCCCUCACUGUCACACCCUGCAGCAAGGCCUCAGCCAAUCAACGAGCUGGUCGGGCGGGUCGGGUGGCUGCAGGGAAGUGCUUCCGCCUGUAUACCGCCUGGGCCUAUCAGCAUGAGCUGGAGGAAACCACUGUGCCAGAGAUCCAGAGGACCAGCCUGGGCAAUGUUGUGUUGCUGCUCAAGAGCUUAGGGAUCCAUGACCUAAUGCACUUUGAUUUCCUGGACCCUCCACCAUAUGAGACCCUGCUGCUGGCCUUGGAGCAGUUGUAUGCUCUGGGAGCCCUCAACCACCUUGGGGAGCUCACCACGUCUGGUCGAAAGAUGGCAGAGCUACCGGUGGAUCCCAUGCUAUCUAAAAUGAUCUUGGCCUCUGAAAAGUAUAGCUGUUCAGAAGAGAUCCUGACAGUGGCUGCCAUGCUCUCUGUCAACAAUUCCAUCUUCUACAGACCCAAGGACAAGGUCGUCCAUGCCGACAAUGCCCGUGUCAACUUUUUCCUCCCUGGUGGGGACCACCUGGUUCUGCUAAACGUUUAUACACAGUGGGCUGAGAGUGGUUACUCUUCCCAGUGGUGCUAUGAAAACUUUGUACAGUUCAGAUCAAUGCGCCGAGCCAGGGAUGUGCGGGAACAGCUGGAGGGGCUCUUGGAACGAGUGGAAGUUGGUCUCAGCUCCUGCCAAGGGGACUAUAUUCGUGUACGCAAGGCCAUCACAGCUGGUUACUUUUACCACACGGCGCGACUGACUCGUAGUGGCUAUCGCACAGUCAAACAACAGCAGACAGUGUUCAUUCACCCCAACUCCUCUCUCUUUGAGGAACAGCCACGCUGGCUGCUCUACCAUGAACUUGUCUUGACCACCAAGGAAUUCAUGAGACAGGUAUUAGAGAUUGAAAGCAGUUGGCUUCUGGAGGUAGCUCCCCACUAUUAUAAGGCCAAGGAGCUAGAAGAUCCCCAUUCUAAGAAAAUGCCAAAAAAAAUAGGCAAGACACGAGAAGAGCUAGGGUAAAGAGAAGGGAACACAAACAACCCAAUGCCAGCUCCUUUUCUUUCUGUAGUAUUAUUUAAUAUCUAUUAAUAAAAGUAUUUUUGGAAUAAA